GAUGGAUGUUGCUCCGGGGCGGCUGAUCCUCACUUGUUCUCUCCUCUCCUCUCCAGUUUCCGCCAUCUAUCGUAAGCGAAUGGAAGAGGUUUUUUCCGAGUCCUGUCAGCGGAGAUGGAAACUGAACAUCUUUUGGACGAUAGUCUAGAUUCAGUUGAGACACCCAUGACGGUGAUCUACGAUAACAACACAUCACCCAUGAGUGUCACAACAAGUGGUGGCAUUCGAAGCGGUGAUGGUGUGAGUGACAAUGAAGAACCUGAACCCAUGACCACAAUACUCCUCUCCCACUCCUCAGGAGGGGUGGGAGGAGGGGGAGGGGGGAGACGGAAAAAAGAAUCUACAGCUCGGUACAACAAUGAGCGGGAGAUGUGCCUUCAGUAUUUUGAAAAAUGGAGUGAACAAGACCAGUUAGAAUUUAUGGAACAUUUAUUAUCACGAAUGUGCCACUAUCAACAUGGACACAUUAAUGCCUUUCUAAAACCAAUGCUUCAAAGAGAUUUUAUUACUCUUCUUCCAAAAAAAGGUCUAGAUCACGUAGCAGAAAAAAUAUUAGGUUACUUAGAUGCUAAAUCACUACGGGAAGCAGAGUUAGUAUGUAAAGAAUGGCAUCGGGUUAUUGCUGACGGUCUCCUAUGGAAGAAAUUAAUAGAAAGAAAAGUACGCACAGAUCCUCUAUGGAGAGGGCUUUCAGAAAGAAAGGGAUGGGGUAUGUAUCUGUUCAAACCUAGACCGGGAGAGCAGCACCCUGGGCAUUCAUACUAUCGCAAGCUUUAUCCUAAGAUUAUCCAGGAUAUACAAACUAUAGAAGCCAACUGGAGAAUGGGUAGACAUAAUUUACAAAGGAUAAAUUGCCGUUCAGAAAACUCUAAAGGUGUCUACUGUUUACAGUAUGAUGAUCAGAAAAUUGUAUCAGGCCUUCGAGACAACACAAUCAAAAUUUGGGACCGUACCUCGCUCCAGUGUUACAAGGUACGAGGGGUGUUGACGGGGCACACAGGGUCUGUUUUAUGUUUGCAGUAUGAUGAGCGUGUAAUUAUCAGUGGGUCUUCAGAUUCCACAGUUAGGGUUUGGGAUGUUAACACUGGAGAUAUGACCAAUACGCUUAUCCACCACUGUGAGGCUGUUCUUCACCUACGCUUCAACAAUGGAAUGAUGGUUACGUGUUCGAAGGAUAGAUCUAUUGCUGUUUGGGAUAUGGUGUCUCCAACUGAAAUUAAUCUGAGACGUGUGCUAGUGGGUCACCGAGCAGCUGUAAAUGUUGUUGAUUUUGACGAGAAGUACAUAGUUAGUGCAUCUGGUGACAGAACAAUAAAGGUAUGGAGCACAGGAACGUGUGAGUUUGUUCGGACACUAAAUGGACAUAAAAGGGGCAUUGCAUGCCUUCAGUAUCGGGACAGACUAGUUGUCAGUGGUUCUUCAGAUAAUACUAUAAGGUUAUGGGACAUAGAAUGUGGAGCAUGUCUGCGGAUACUUGAGGGGCAUGAAGAAUUAGUUCGCUGCAUUAGAUUUGACAACAAGAGGAUAGUAUCUGGAGCAUAUGAUGGGAAAAUCAAGGUUUGGGAUCUUCAAGCUGCAUUGGAUCCUCGGGCUCCUGCCGGCACCCUUUGCCUACGAACUCUAGUGGGGGUAGGUGGGUGUAUCUGAGCUUGAUGUGAAAUGUUUCUCAUCAAGGCAACAGGGUGUCACAACAGCCUUAAGGUCGAUAUAUUUCCUCUUUAUUCGGUUUAGCUUCUUUGCCUCUUUCAAGUUAUAAAAAAAAGCAGCUUGGGUUGUGGUAAUUUGAGCUAGGCUCUAGUCAUUGCUU